UGGGCGCAUGGCGGAUUCCGUACUCUUCGAGUUUCUGCACCAGGAGAUGGUGGCGGAGUUUGGGGAUCACGACCCCGACCCCAGCACCCCGGGGGGACAGAGGGUGAACCUGUCAAUCCUGGAGAGCUUGGGCUUCCGUGUUGGCCAGGCCCUGGGUGAGAGACUGCCCCAGGACACGCUGGUCUUCAGGGAGGAGUUAGAUGUCCUCAAGUUCCUGUGCAAAGACCUGUGGGUGGCCGCAUUCCGUAAGCAAAUGGACGGGCUGCGCACCAACCACCAGGGGACCUACGUUCUACAGGACAACAGCUUCCCGCUCCUGCUCCCCAUGGCCUCUGGCCUGCAGUACCGGGAGGAAGCAGCCAAGUUCCUGGCCUUCCCUUGCGGCAUCCUGCGUGGCAGCCUCCACACCCUGGGCUUCAGGAGCUCGGUCACCGCCUCUGUGGCAGCCCUGCCCGCCUGUAAGUUCCAGGUGGUGAUCCAGAAGCCCUGAGGACUCCGGGGAUGCUGAGGCCAGGAUCCCCGAGGCAGCAGAAGCGUGUGCCAGAGGAGGGGCCUGGGGACUCUGGGCAGGCAGGUGGGGCUGCGGUGAUGGAUACAAUAAAGGUUUUACA